GGACCGAAUCUCGUCGAGCAGUGAAGCACAAGGAAGCACUGUAGUCUGUGUGGAAAGCAGCUUUCUGCCUGGAUGGUAGCUCUACCAGUCACAUCGCCGUGGCUGGCACAUGCGGUGAACAGUCGUUGUGAGACAAGUGUAUGGGUGAUAUGCUAUUAGUUCAGCAUGCUGCUGAUUUUACGCUAAUUAUGCGACAAAGUCUUGCUCAACAGCGUUUCGAAUGGACGCUUUUAUGUUAGCGACGGUCGAGCUGUGGUCGUAAUACUUCUGCGAACAAGCGCACUGGGCCCGCCAGCAGGCCGCGGCCUCAGGCCAUCCAACCAUCUCCGACAGAAUCGUGUCCCCCAACGGGCGUUUAUUAAACUCGGACAGAAGCUGAGAAGCGCGAUGAGUAAACGCAGCUCAGUGAACGACGGGGAAGAGGGACUGACCCUUGCUUUCAGCAUCCGCCAGGGGUAGUUGUCCCGGUUCCGGCCACAGUUGCAUUCCCGCGGCUCGUCGUUUCCAGACGCGAAGAGCUCCGUCCCCUCGAGGGCCUCGCGGAAGCGCCCCUUGCACCUGUCGUGGUACGUCACGAGCCUCAGCAGACUCCGGGAACUGAGCCGGCAGAGGUCCUCCUCGUACGCCUGGCCUGCGGCAUCGCUUCCGCCCGAGAGCAGAUCGAUUUGCAGCGUGCGGCGUGCGAUGCCGGGCAUCUCGUCGUCCCACCCGAAGCGCGCCGCGAGCACGUAGGCUUUCAGGGGGUGUGCGGCGAAGAGGGGGUGGCCCUCGAUGCUCGCCUGUAUGACAGAAAGUGGGCCGGGGGCAUCCCAUUUCUCAAUGAGGUCGAGGGUCGUCAGGAUCUCGGAUAGCGCGGUCCACCGGGGGAUGGGCAGCCCGCACAUCAGGCGGAGGACGCGGUCCAUCGGUCCAUCAGCCUCGUGCGUAGGUAUGAUUUCGGGCUUGACUUCCAUUUGGGGGUCGGACGAGUCGCGAAGUUGGACGGAGGAUGAGGAGGCCCCCUGCGGAAGUGAAAGUAGGGUGCGAAAGAAGUGAGAGGUCGUGCGCAGGACGACGGAGUGCACGUGGUAGAGGGUGCCUUCGGUGGAUUGGAGGAUAAUGUCUGCAGUCGGGUCGGAGAAGACGGAACUAGUGCGCAGGUCAUGAUCUUUGCUCGAGGAUGACAUGUCGUCGUUCGUGGGGAAGGAUGUCACUAGAAAGCACUGGGGGAGUUAGAUGGGCUUGAUUGACAGGUGGCUGUCCUAUUGAUCACUUAGGCACUUCUGGGUAGAUCAGCGACUCUUUGGUCGCCGACGCACAAUCUGGUACUAGUCAACUGUUCCUCACUCGCUCUUGACGCACAAUCUGUCUUCUUCCUCUCAGUGGCAUAUUCUCUGCUCAUGAUUGAGAGAAAACAUUCCGACCGAGGUGGUUCACAUUUCGACCGAAAAGACGUGCAAUCACCGCAGACAAUCCAAUGGCCAACACCGGCGGGAAGUCUUCCCAGACAUUGAGGCGCCAAUGUUAGACUGAAAAUCCCACGGAAUCAUUGAAUCUUCGAGGACUGCGCUUGUCUCAUCGCCCGCUACCUUGCGCAGCAGGGGUUUGCACCUCUUUGAGACCUGCUGUGCGACGCCGUUUGGAUUUUGGCUGAGCAUCAUGAUCUAGGCGGAGGCUUGGCAGCUUGACCUCCCCCAAACGCAACGUUCUGGCUCCUUGUCUUGACUUUGACGGGAACGCAUGCUGCAGUAACAUUGCCUCCUCGAGGCUCAGAUCAGCGAAAGGAACAUCGGGCACUGCUCGCUUUCACGCCUCGCCGGGCCUGCUCUUCUACCCCUUUGCCUCACUAACCGGUGGUCCGAUACAUCAAGCGCUUGGGUCUCCCUAACUGUGACGAAGUCCUCCGACUCGUUCGCCUGCAGGGUCGCAGCGGCUUUUCGGCUGUCUCGACAUUUAAUGCGCACAGGCACCCCUCACUCACUUCAUGCCGACAGUAUUUCCGAUCCAGGACUCGCUUUCCUUUUUGUCUCUCUUUUGCCCGAGAAUGCUCGAGUCGGGAAUGCUCGCUUCCUUGCACCGGGACUUGAAGCCAGUCGGACCUCCGGACAAGCACUAAGCGAGCACGAGCAGUGGCACAUUUGUCUAUAAGUAUAUGGGAUCUAUGUACAUCAGUGCUCCACCGCUCCUGCUCUGGCGCAGUUGCAUAUUCUUUCGGUUAUUCAAGAGCGCUUCGGGCACUCACGUACUUUUCAUAGUGGCCGACGGUCACGGCGGAGCCUGCCCCACUGCUUUGCGUCUUGUCCUCGGACAUUGACGGGCUCCCUCAGGUCCAGAAUGCAGCGCCAUGCACACAGGAGAAGUAUGGAAGGAGAAAGACAGGGGAGGAGAAUACUCGGGCCAGUGCACGCAGAAGAUGGCGACAUCAAGGAUCAAAGGCGUCGUCGGAGUGAGAGCCAGAGUUUGCGUUCAAGUAUAUACAUUUCGAGUCUCGGAAUUUGGAUCUUCUGCGUUCUCUUGGUGCAUCUUAACAUGCGAUGCCUUAGAUAGCCGGGACAUUCGAGAGACACCCAGCCUUGCCAGCGCUCACGGCACGGCAUCACCGUGUUUCACCACCACCACACGAUCCCCCAUACUUAGACGAUUGUCGUCAUCGAGGAUUGUCAUCUCCAUCACCCUACCUUCUUUCUGCCUCCGCUUUCCUACUUCAUCCCUCCCUUCCUCCGCUCCUCGUUUUUCCCAUCGCCUCGAGCGAGCCAGCGGCCGAAAGGAGCUUUUUCUCCGUCGUCGUCCAGGAAACCACGAACGGCCGGAAGCACAGUUUGAGAGCCUGACUUGCUCACCACGAUGUCCCGUCCCCCACGCCACCGUCCGCCCUCGGGCUCACCCGCCUCGUCCUCUCCAUAUCAACAGGAGCGGCCUUUCCUGCCCAACGAUGGCUCGCGCGGCAACGUAUCGUUUGCCGCAUCCCCGUCGCCAUCGUCGCCUGGACCGCACCAACAGAGGGUCGGCUUCGCAACGGGUGGAUUUCAUCAUGCGAUGGGAGGAGCAGGAGACGCAGAAUCCGGAGGGGCAGCACAAGGCGGCUUCGGUGGGCAAGCACAACGCAAAAAGUCGCUCGUGCGGCCGGAGAGGGAAAAGAUCGACCCGGGGCACAGGCAGUGGCACUACCGCAGCGCAGUUACAGGAGAGGGCGGAGCCGUUGGUGUACAAGCAUCCACGACGGGCAACUACCCUCACGCCGCGCCGCUGCAUCGCGGGCGCUCGCUCCUCGCGCGGGACCAGGAUGUGCACGAGUCCGGUCUCGCGCUGUUCAAACGCGGGCCCGGGACACUUUUGCGCCGUCGCUCAAGCGGGGGCUCGCAAUCUGCGUCCACCCCGCUGAACCCCGCCACAGCCAAAACCAAAUCGCCGCGGACGAGUUGUUUCGGCGAUUACGCCCCUGGCCCUAAAGGGCCGUGGAUGCUGUUCUGUUACCUCCUGACGUGCUGGAUACCCCCGGCCCUGAUGCGAGGCUGUGGGCUCAAGACACGGGAGCAGCAGCGCGCCUGGCGAGAGAAGAUGGGGCUGAUCGCAGUGAUCGCGGUCGAGAUGGCUGUGGUCGGAUUUGUGACCUUUGGAUUCACUGCGGCUGUAUGCGGUGCUCCGGGUGCCCGAUUCCACGGUGGUCUCAUUGGUAUCGGUGGGGUGGGAAACGGGAGCGUUGUCAUACACGGCUGGGACUACGAUCUCACGAACUUCCACCAUCCGGCUGCCGGUCCGUUUGACGGCCACACCAAUCCUAUCCUCGUCGGCGGCUGGGGUUUGGCGGGCAACGACGCAAGUUUCAUGUUCCAGAAGACAAACCAGGCGUGUGUCAACAUCCUCAACAAAGCCAAUGGCAGUCAGAUCACGGGCACUGGGGCGUUCAUGGACUGGUAUUUCCCUUGCAAUGUGUUUGGGACGGUCACUGGCGGGGCGAAAGUGAACCAGACCGCCUAUGGAAGCUCGGGAAGCUGUCAUGUCAGCAGCAAGGGCGCUCCCACGGGAAUGAAGGCGAAAGGGCAGGUUUACUACACCUGGGAUGAUGUAAGGGCUUCUGGCCGAAGACUGGCUGUCUUCGAAAGCAAUGUUCUGGAUCUCUCUCUUCUGUCGUGGCUCGACCCCGCCCAAGUCUCGUUUCCACCAUUUUUCGCAGAACUCGCGGCAGCGAAUUCGACAUAUACCCACACUGAUAUUACGAUGGGACUCAUGCGCCAGAACCGCAUGUCCCUGGGUCACUGUCUGCAAGAUACCAUCACUGUUGGCUUCAUUGACACCAACUCAAUCGGCUGUGUCGCCUCACAAGUGCUGCUAUAUGUUUCGCUGGUCUUCAUUAUCGGCGUCGUGCUGAUUCGCUUCGUCAUGGCGUGUUUGUUUGCUUGGUUCUUCGCUCCCCGGAUCGGUGGUUUCCCGACGGAGACGUACGAGGAUCGGAUGAAAAGAGCAGAGGAGAUCGAGGCAUGGAGCAGUGACAUCUACAAACCAGCCCCUAGUGCUAGGCGUCCCAACGUCAAGAGCAAGACGUUCAUCCCGAGCACUUCGAGAUUCACACCAGCUGAUGUCAAACGGCCCGCGUCGUCAUAUGCUGCCCUCGACUCUGGCUCCUCUGUCUUCAAGCGUUCGACCGUGUUCAGCGAGGGAGCUUUCGCAGAAAACCCUUGUCCGUUCCCUCUGGGCCGGCACGUGGUACCCCAGCCGCCACCCGACUACGAGCCGUUUAAUUUCCCACUCGCGCACACAAUCUGUCUCGUCACAGCAUAUUCCGAAUCCGUGCAGGGCUUGCGUACGACCCUCGACUCGCUUUCGACAACGGACUACCCGAACAGCCACAAAGUGAUUCUCAUCAUCGCUGAUGGCAUGGUCAAGGGCGCCGGCAACGAUCUGACUACGCCGGACAUCUGUCUGUCCAUGAUGCGCGACUUGGUCGUGCCGAUAGAUGAAGUGGAGCCGCACUCGUAUGUCGCCAUUGCGGAUGGGCACAAGCGACACAACAUGGCCAAGGUGUAUGCCGGUUACUACGAAUACGACAACUCGACUGUCGAGCGAUCGAAGCAGCAGCGCGUCCCGAUCGUUCUUGUCGCGAAAGUGGGCAAUCCGCUCGAAGCGAACGACGCCAAGCCCGGGAAUCGGGGCAAGCGGGACUCGCAGAUCGUGCUGAUGGCGUUCUUGCAGAAGGUCAUGUUCGAUGAACGGAUGACGACGUUUGAGUACGAGUUCUUCAAUUCGCUGUGGCGGGUGACGGGAGUGAGCCCGGACCGGUACGAGCUGGUGCUUUGUGUGGAUGCGGACACGAAAGUGUUCCCGGACUCAUUGAAUCGGAUGGUCAGCUGCAUGGUGCGCGACCACGACAUCAUGGGCUUGUGCGGGGAGACGAAGGUGGCGAACAAGGCGGAGACGUUUGUGACUAUGAUGCAAGUCUUCGAAUAUUACAUCUCGCAUCACAUGACGAAGGCCUUCGAAUCCAUGUUCGGCGGUGUCACCUGUUUGCCCGGAUGCUUCAGUAUGUACCGUAUCAAGGUGCCGAAGGGAGACUCUGGUUUCUGGGUGCCGAUUCUGGCCAAUCCAGACGUUGUCGAGCACUACUCGGAGAACGUGGUCGACACACUGCACAAGAAGAACCUGCUUCUGCUCGGCGAGGAUCGAUACCUUACCACGCUGAUGCUCAAGACAUUCCCCAAACGGAAGAACAUGUUCUGCCCUGCGGCGGUGUGCAAGACGAUCGUGCCCGACACGUUCCAAGUGUUGCUGUCGCAGAGACGCAGAUGGAUCAACUCGACCGUGCACAAUCUGUUCGAGCUGAUUCUUGUGCGGGAUCUGUGCGGGACGUUCUGUUUCUCGAUGCAGUUCGUCGUCGGAAUGGAGCUGGCGGGCACCUUGGUCUUGCCCGCCGCCAUCUCGUUCACCUUGUACCUGAUCAUCAGCUCUAUCAUCCCCGGCGGCCCCAAUACCACGGUUUCCCUCGUACUCCUCGCGUUCGUGCUGGGGAUUCCACUCGUGCUGAUCGUCAUCACCAGCCGGAAGAUUGCGUACCUCGGAUGGAUGAUAAUCUACCUGAUCAGUCUGCCCAUCUGGAACGGUGUUCUGCCGGCGUACAGCUUCUGGCAUUUCGACGACUUCUCGUGGGGCCAGACGCGUAUGGUCGAUGGCGAGAACAAGGAAACGGCGGCGCAUGGGGACAAGGAGGGUGAAUUCGACUCGACACAUAUCGUAAUGAAGCGGUGGACCGAGUUUGAGAGGGAGCGCAGAGCUGGGAUCAGAUCCGAUUACAGGAACGAGACGCCCAAGCGAUACUCCCUUGCAUCCUCAGCCUACGACGCCUCCGCAUCGACUAGCACCGAGUCUGGAAACCGAAUGCCGCAUGACGGCGGUGCUGGUGUCUUGACGCUCCCGACGCCACUGAGUGUCUCCCCGAGGCAGUCCGGGCCCAGGCAGUCGCUCACGGCUCCCAGUGCAUCAGCGUCAGCAUCGUCUCUUUCGACCAAUCCGGCGUCUGAUCCGUUCGGCACACCCCGUCUGGGAACCUUCGACGAUGACACCUACUCGUACACCCAAUCCCCGUCGCAGGGGCAGUUCCAGUUCGGGACCCAGACCCCGCCUCAAUCCCAGUCUCACUCCCCCCCUCCGGCGCAGAACCGUCAGCCACGGCAGCCCCAUGCACCGCAGCCCGUGCGGCCGCCUGUGCGGGGAGUCAGCCUCAUCGACUCGGGGCCGGUUCCUGGCCCCGAAGGCGCGGUCCGGCGUGUGGCGAAGCGGAGCUCCACAGCCGCGCCUCGGUCUGGGUCGGUUCCUGCGCCGAUUCCCCAGCAGGUUACCGGAGGGCAUGGCCUUCCACCGGGUGCGGCGGCCCCGGCCCCGGCGACGUAUGGGCUGCCUCCUGGCGCAGCUGCGCCGACGCCGUCGCACAGAUGGACCGGGUACGAGGCCGAUGAUCAGGACACCGAGUAUUAGUGAUCUGGACGGACACGCGGACUUUUUUCUUUUCACUUUUCUUUUCACCUCUUUUCCCUUUCAUACGUUCUCUUUUUCAUGAACGCAACGACGACUGCAUUCAUCUGACGGGCAUUUAGACACUACAUUCAUGUACUUGCACUAUUUUAAUCGAUAUACCCCGUUCGGUCUUUCGCCUGUUCUAUUGCAUGCGAUACUGAUGCUGCAUGGGCGGAAGAUUGGCAUGUGCCGCCCAGUCUCCGGUUGGAAUAAGGAGCAGGGCAUAAAACCAUACAUGCAUGUAAUAACGUUGGAGAUUCAAGGGACACCCUUGUUCGGAUGCAGAAGGAAUGGUUCUGCAUCUGAGGAAGAGCCCUGCGGCGCAAAAAGGAAGGACAAGUCAC